AUGGCUCUAAGAGCGCGAUAUGGACCCGGCAACCGUGCAUGGAGCUACCAGCGGCCUGCGGAAGACGCCGGGGACGGGGCACCGCCGUUGCCGUCCGCUUUUGGACUGACACUCUCUGCCGACGAACACACGCCGGUGCCCGAGUCGCGGAUUGAUGCCGAUGCUCCCACCCAAACAGCCGCCGACGCUGCUAGGAAUGCAAAUGGCUCAGCAAAGGCACGAGCAAAGAACGACGGCGCUUCUGCCGCUCGUGCUGCCCGUGCUGCCAAGGCAAGUGCUGCUCGGAGCGCACGGGCCUCGGCCGGCGCACAAUCAGCAAUCUCGGUGGCUGCUGCUUCCAUAGACCCGAUUUCGCUCCCCGACGGCGAUCUGCGCACUGUCAAGCGUAAGCGGUCGACGCUUGCCCCGGAUGUUGUUCAUGGGCCAGACGCGGACCCCGAGGCCGCUCUCCAGCCCCUCGACGAUGCCACUCUUCCCCUGGCAGGCGAUGAAAAUCCCCCCGCCGAACGAACACCUGCCCCCAUUCGUGCUCCUCGCACAAGUGGUGUAAAACGGCCGCGGGUGUCUCAGAAAGAUCUUGAUCUCAAGCCACUGCGAGGGGACGAGGGCGAUGAUGGCAGGCGAACAACAUUCGGCUCCACUACUAGCGCGCCUGACCCAUUCACUGCCCUUUCCGUCGCCGAUCUGGUCCCCAGUCAGGACCAAGCUGCCCAUGAACAAGUUGAUCCCACUGCAGCCAACCCGGAGAACCGACACGGCGCCAACUUCCGUCGGCUUCCACCAGGUGUCCCAGUCCAUCGUUAUCUGUCUGGCCUUUAUCGCCGAUACCCUGUGUCGCAAGUGGGUUUACCAAAGGAGGUUCUCGCUGAGGUACCAGACCUCGAUACCAGUGUUGCUCUACCCCCAACCACCAUUCCUAAUGCUACGCCGUUCCUCAAUCUCUAUGCCCCUCGCCGCACACGUGGCAUUGGUGCCGAUAAACAUGGAUUGUGCCCGAUAUGCGCAGAGCCUCCCAGCAGAGGUGGCCGGGGCAAGGUAAUGAUGUUGAACAUGAAGCUAUACAAUGCUCUCUACUCCACAAAUGUUCAGCUCUCGCCCAAUGUUGUUCAGUCCCCUGUUACAUCAGCGUUUAACUAUCAUAUGCAGUAUGUUCAUGGUCUUUCCCCUAAAACGGGAUUACCCUUUUCUCCGCCCAUGGCCUUUCGAUCGACUCCAAGGAAAACCGUUGGAGCGCGGGAAAAAGCGGCUCUUGAAGAAGGGCUUUGUCAUGCCUGCCAGCGUUGGAUCGUUAUUGAAGGUGUGAAGGCAGUAGAGGUGUUAGUUCCCGAGAUUUAUUGGUGGAAACAUGCUUCUACAUGCCACAAGUCUCGUAUGCUGGAUGGAGAAGGCGACUUUUAUGUCGAGGACGCACUCUUCAAGCGUAUUGUUCAAUGGCAAAGAGAUCAUCCCGCUGCAACAACCCGAGCAAGUACGACCACGGGUACCGUGCCGAAAAAGGAGGAGCCUAUGGACAUUGAUCUUCAACCCCCAACUGUAACGAGCUCAAGAACAGGUGCGAUGACGCCCAUCAGGCCCAACGCGGACGAGCCAGAUAGUUCCCCGCUGAGCUCUCUCGACGGGACCGAUGCUACGCGCAUUUCCCCUGCCGGCCGCAAAGCCUCCGCGCCUGCAUUACACUAUACUCCAACAUCUCGAGGGCCAUUCGGACCGCCAUCUCCCUCGGCUCGUGCCAAGUCUGCGGACCCCUCGAUACCUCCGCCCCCUCCCGGAGUUCCCUUGACUGCCAAUCACAUCAAUACUCCUCAGCUCGCCAACCAUGCUCUACCCGGAACUCUUCCCGGGACUCCUCAGACGACUGCUAGCGCUACCCCAGUCAUGCCCGUUGGUGCACUGCCAACUGUCCCAAUGGAAACUACAGACACUGAAGCCCGGAGUGUUGUUGAUUCGGGCGUUGCCCUUAGCCCUCAUGAUCCAUCCAAGUCGAUCGAUGAUGGAAUGGAUGGAGAUGCGGAAGCAGAGGGAGAAGAUGAGGAUGCUGAAGGAGAAGACGAUCCUACUGCCACUGCCGAGAGCACUCCUGUGAUACCCCAGUUGCCCGUUUUAACCCCUCUGCCUACGGUGCCGGUGGCCGAAGCCGAACCAGUGCGGUCCGCCGUAGGAGAAACAACCCUGCCCGUGGCUGCUGCGGAAGACUCAUUAACUUCCAGUGCGCCUCAAGAACAAGCACCUGUUGUCCAACAGGACGCAGGUGGCCAGGAGCCUUUAGUCAAUAUUCCCCAACCUACUAGCUUGGGCUUGGACACCACCAUCAACCCCCCCAAUUUGAUUCAAAGUUCGGGCGAGCAGGCCGGGGCUCAACAAGAAUCGUCCUCUGUACCAACAUUGGGUACGGAGCCACAGCCGAUCGUUACGGAACCUCAAGUUCAGGUUCCCGAGGAUGUCCAUAUGGCAGAUGCUUCUAUCACCCCAGCGGACGCACCCAAGCCGAAUCCUACACCGAUCCCAGAGUUGCAGACUGCAAUUCCCGCCCCGGUUGAAGUUCAACCGAUUCCAGAGAAUAUCCCUCCCGCAGUGCCACAGCAGGAAGUAGACUCCACCCCCGCUCCUGUCCCCGCCCCUGCUUCCGAGCCCGUCCCUGCCCCCACCGCCACCACCUCUCAAGAUACUUCAGUUCCCCAAGCCUCUGCUCUCACCGAGUCUUCCAGCGUGGAUGAGAUGGCGAUCCCGGCCGUCCCCGCCGAACUUCCAGCUGUUCAGGAAAUGGAUAUGUACACCAACACCGCCACUCCCAACGAACAAGAGACUGCACCGUUGCUGACCGAGACUGACUUGGCACUUGCCAACACGGACCUCGCUCUCGCUGUCGGAGAUAUAGGUUUGGUCAGUGGUCUCGGUGGCGCGGAGAUGUCCCUCGUGGGCGAAGAGACUGCGAUUCCUGGUGGCGGACUGGAGAUCCCCACCGAAAACCUCCAGCCGCUUGCCACUCCCGUCCCGAGCGAACCUGCCCUCGCCGUCCAGGAGGCCGUGAACAAUGCGCCCAAUCGCCCUGAUACUCCUAAUGGUGGAGGGGAUGAUAUGUUUGCAUUUUGGAAUGCCUAG